AUGAACGCUGCAAGAUUCCUCACUAAGUCCUUCUAAUACAGUAAAUCUAUGGGAAGAUUUAGUAGUGUAUAAAGCAUGGUUCCCAUGAAGAACUAUUCAAAAUUUCUUGAAUGCAAAUACGCUACCAAUGAAAUCGCUCUCAAGAUGGGUACCCUUGUUGUCUUAAAUCACAGAAUCCUCUUAGAGAAUAUGAAUUUAGCUUAGACCUUUAUUACUGAUGAUGACGACGACGACGACCAAGAUGAAGAUCAAAUCAAAAGUAGUAGGAAGUCAAGCAGGCAAAGAAGUUAACAUACAAAUUAUCAAUUGGUAGAGGAACUGUUGUUUGAGAAACAUGCCCACAAAUAAUCUUUCAAUAAAUCAAUCAAUCUAUCAAUCAAUAAUUAUUCAUUCAUUCAUUUAUUAAAUAAUCUCACAAGUUUCUAUUAAUAUAUCAAAAGAAAAUCCACCUCAAUCAAUUAUUGA